AUGGGAGAGACCAAAAAUACAUCCCUGGACACAGUGGUGACAGACUUCAUUCUCCUGGGCUUACCUCAUCCCCCAAGUCUGAGGACCCUCCUCUUCCUGGUCUUCUUCAUCAUUUACGUCCUGACUCAGCUGGGGAACCUGCUCAUUCUGCUCACCGUGUGGGCUGACCCAAAGCUCCAUGCUCGUCCCAUGUACAUUCUUCUAGCCGUGCUCUCAUUCCUGGACAUGUGGCUCUCCUCAGUCAUCGCCCCUCGGCUAAUAUUGGAUUUUACUCCCGCCAGCAAGGCAAUCCCCUUUGGGGGCUGUGUGGCUCAACUGUAUUUCUUUCACUUCCUGGGCAGCACCCAGUGCUUCCUCUACACCUUGAUGGCCUACGAUAGGUACCUGGCAAUAUGCCAGCCCCUGCGCUACCCCGUGUUCAUGAAUGGGAGGUUAUGCACCAUCCUCGUGGCUGGAGCUUGGGUGGCUGGCUCCAUCCAUGGGUCUAUCCAGGCUACGUUGACCUUCCGCCUGCCCUACUGUGGGCCCAACCAGGUGGAUUACUUUAUCUGUGACAUCCCUGCGGUUUUGAGACUGGCCUGUGCUGACACAACCAUCAAUGAGCUCGUGACCUUUGUGGACAUUGGAGUGGUGGCAGCCAGUUGCUUCAUGUUAAUUCUUCUCUCCUAUGCCAACAUAGUCCAUGCCAUCCUGAAGAUUCGCACUGCCGAUGGGCGGCGCCGAGCCUUCUCCACCUGUGGCUCCCACCUAACCGUGGUCACUGUCUACUAUGUGCCCUGUAUCUUCAUCUAUCUCAGGGCUGGCUCCAAGAGUCCCCUGGAUGGAGCAGUGGCUGUGUUUUACACUGUUGUCACUCCGUUUCUGAACCCCCUCAUCUAUACCCUGAGGAACCAGGAAGUGAAGUCUUCUCUGAAGAGAAUAACAGCAGGUCAAGGGGUCACCAGUGAAAAUAAGUAACUACAGGCUCAGGGACUAGCUGCUUCAUGGUUUCUAACAUACGUCUCA